AUGACCGUGCUCGUUAUCUACAACCCCGUCUGUGGAGACCGCUCCGCCAAGGCUCUCUUCGACGACCAUGUCCUCCCACUUCUCGCGGAGCACAACAUCACACCGGACAAGGUUGUCGCAACGGAAAGUAGCGGCCAUGCUGGCAAGAUCGUCGCAGACUUCCUGGCUUCGUCCGGCGACCAGGAGCAGCCUGUCUCCGUCGUCCUAGGUUCAGGCGACGGGACGCUCCACGAGCUGAUCAACGAGCUCAACAACACCCCGACGAGCAAACCCCUUCCGAGGAUACACCUCGCGCUAGUCCCCGCAGGCACCGCGAACGCGCUCUACUCCUCGCUCUUCCCGCCCUCCGCGAACGACGAUCCCAUUCAGUACAAGCUCAAGUCAGUCCGCGCCUUCGCCUCCGGGACCCACCGCUCCUUCCCCCUCAAUCUCGCCGUGAACGUGAUCUCACCGCCACGUGCCGCACCCCCGGCCAAAGCCCCGGCGCCGCAGGUGUCUAUCUCUGCCGUCGUCGCGUCGACUGCGCUGCACGCGUCCAUCCUGCACGACUCGGAGGCGCUGCGCACGGAAGAUCCGACGAUGGGCCGCUUCAAGACCGCCGCGAUGCAGAACAUCACGCGCUGGUACUACGCGUCCAUCAAGCUCUUCCCGCGCACAGGCGCCGGGGUCGUCGAGGUAUACGAUCCCGCGGCGGGCACGUUCGUGCCGCACGAGGAGAGCUCCGAGGACGAGCCGAUCGUGGACCUCGUCGGCCCCUUUGCGUACUUUCUGUCGACGGUGAAUGUGGACCGCCUCGAGCCGGCGUUUAGGAUCACGCCGAAGGGGAAGGACACGCCGGAGCCGGGGUCGGCCGCGCUGGACUUGGUGUUCGUGCGGCCGAUGUGGGACCCGACGUAUACGAUGGACUCGGAGGAGGCGCGUAAGGCGUUCUCGGAGAAGGCGGUCGCGGUGCUUACGGCGGCGUACCAGGACGGGGCGCAUGUCGCGCUGCGGUAUGCGGAGGACGGGAGCAUUACCACGGAGGGAGACGGGCCUUUAGUCGUCGAGUAUGUGCGGUGCGGAGGAUGGGAAUGGGACCCGGACGACACUGACGAGCGUGCGCACUUCGUGUGCGCGGACGGGGACAUCCUUACCAUCCCUGCAGGGGGCAAAGCACGGUGCACGGCAGCGACACCUAUGAACGACAAGACCGGCUUCGCGUUAUAUGCUUGA